UCCUGAUUCCUCCACGGAGGAGGGACUGUGUGUGUGCAUGUGUGUGUGUGCGCGCGCGACUCUCAUCGAUCCUGAUCGACCCUGAUCAGGUGAUGGUCGGCUGUGUGACUCUCCUGCAGGUCUGAAUAAGGUCUGGAUGAGGUCUGGUUCAGAUGGAUCUUCGGGACUGGAUGUCUCAGCUGCCCCAGCAGUUGUGGGAAACUGAACUCACACAACUGACUUUACCAGGUAAACCAGGAAGUCAUGAUGCCAUGAGUUAUUGUCUGGACAUCAAGUCUCCGCUGCUCAGGUCUGAGUCAGACUCUUUCAGAAUCCUGGACAAAGUCUUCUCCUGCUUCACCCGACCUACUAUCUUUAAAUGGGCGACUACACAGGAUAAAAGCAUCGAGGAUCAGCUCUCCAUGGGAAUCCGUUACUUCGAUCUCCGCGUGGCCCACAAACCUCACGACUCCUCCAGUGACUUGUACUUCACACACGUCAUUUACACUCAUUUAACAGUUUUGGAAACACUGUUGUCAGUGGAGUCGUGGUUAGAGUCUCAUCCCAGAGAGAUCGUCGUCCUCGCCCUCAGUCACUUUGAAGGAAUGAACGACAGAUGCCACGAGUCUUUCAUUCACUCCCUGAAGAAGCUGUUUGGCUCUAAACUCUGUCCUCGGACGGAAUCAGUCCUGACCUUGCGCAGCCUGUGGGCGUCUGGUUACCAGGUCAUCCUGAGCUACGAUGACCACAGCGCCGCGAGACACGAGGAGCUGUGGCCUGAUGUCCCCUACAACUGGGCCAAUCAGAGGACAGCACAGGGAGUGAUCGGCUACCUGGACAGGAAGAAGGAUGUGGGACGUCCAGACGGUUUCUUUGUGUCUGGUCUGAACCUCACCGCUGACCGCUACUACAUCACCACCACGCCCAGUCAGACUCUGCGCACGCUGACGCUCAGUAACUGGGCGUGUCUGCAGACGUGGCUGCAGCAGCAGCUUCCUGGUUCUGAUCCUCACAGUCUGAACAUCGUCGCAGGAGAUUUUGUAGGAACUCUUCCUCUCUGCUCUGUGGUCGUCGCUCUCAACCACAAACUCCUGCACAACAAGUUCAUUCAGAUUUAACAAAGCACUGAAGCUGCUGGAGACUCUGCACAUGUCUGUCUGUCUGUCUGCAACACUUACUUAGAAAGUAUUUUUUUGCCUAAAAAGUAAAAAAUAAUCUUGGCAAGUAAGAAAAAAUGAUUUAAUUUUGUCUGUCAGUUUCAUCAAGUAAAGGAAAAGAAUAUAA